UCUAGCAAAGUGGGCUACCUCGACAAGCCGGCUCCCCCUGGUCCCAACCAUCGCAUCGCAUUCUCCUUGCCUGCUCCAGAAACCAGAAUGUUCCCCUCCAGCUCCGCCUCCGCCACGGCCCCGCGCUUCCUCCGCCCCUUCACCGGCGCCACCGCAGUACCCCGCCGCGCCAUGGCGGCGGCAUCCGCGGGCGGCCCAAGCGACCCGUCGACGCCGCAGCAGUCUUCUCCCACCACCAAGGCGGUGCGCGUGGUGGUGAAGGGCCGCGUGCAGGGCGUCUUCUUCCGGGACUGGACCGUGGAGACGGCGCGCUCCCUGGGGCUCGCCGGGUGGGUCCGCAACCGCCGCGACGGCACCGUGGAGGCGCUGCUCUCCGGGGACCCCGACAAGGUCGACGAGAUGGUGUCCCGGCGGAUCCCCGUUGGCCCGCCCGCGGCCGUCGUCACCGCCGUCGUGCCCUCCCCCGCCGAACCGGUCGCCCCCGACGAGGGCUUCCACCGCAAGCCCACCGCCUGACUGGUGGGCUGGUUCGUCAGCCAUCCAUCCAUGCGGCGGCGCGUGGUCAUUGACGAACGGCGCCACUCGCCUGCGUGGUAAUCAAUCUACUGAAGAACACGUACGUUAUUUUCCUGGAGAUUGCUAGUGCUAAUUUUCAGCGUUGAAUCAAAUAAUCUCAAUCACGACGAGGAGCUGCUUCGAUGAGUGGACCAGGAUUGUGACUGCUUGAUGCAUUCGGUUCUUGUGAUCAUGUUUUGUGCAGCCCUGUGAACUGUGGUGUUUCUGACAAAAAAAAAAAAUGCCGUGCCUGUAAUUAUCUGCUCUGUUCCAAGAGAAAUGGUUGUGGAUGGUGCAUUUGCGCUUAGAUUUGCUUUCAAUAUUUCUAUAUGAACUGUUUCAAAAAAAA